GCUGAUGAUAAAGACACUGGGAAUUACAGUGCCAUGCAAUACAGACUCAUCAUUCCUCCAAUCAAGGAUGGUAAAGAAGGUUUUGUGAUUGAAGCUUACACAGGGCUAAUAAAAACUGCUAUGCUGUUCAAAAAUAUGAGAAGAUCCUAUUUCAAGUUUCAGGUCAUUGCAACUGACAAUUACGGAAAAGGACUGAGCAGCAAAGCAGAAGUACUUGUCUCUGUGGUCAAUCAGUUGGAUAUGCAAGUCAUCGUCUCUAAUGUUCCUCCCACCCUUGUGGAACAAAACAAAGAUCAACUCAUAGGGAUUUUGGAACGCUAUGUCCAAGAUCAGAUUCCCGGUGCGACGGUCGUGGUGGAAUCCAUCGGUGCGCGGAGGUUUGGGGAUGGGUUCUCUGAAGAGGAUUACACCAAGUCUGACCUGAUGGUCUAUGCAAUCGACCCACAAACAAAUAGAGCUAUAAUGAGGAAUGAACUUUUUAAGUUCCUGGAUGGCAAACUGCUGGAUAUCAAUAAAGAGUUUCAGCCGUACCUGGGGCAGGGGGGACGCAUCCUGGAGAUCCGCACCCCAGACGUGGUAGCAAACGUCAAGAAGCAGGCGCAAGCUGUAGGCUACACGGAAGGCGCGUUACUUGCUCUGGCCGUCAUCAUCAUCCUUUGCUGUAUGCCAGCUAUUUUAAUAGUUAUGGUCAGCUACAGACAGCGACAGGCUGAAUGUGCGAAGACUGCAAGAAUCCAGAUGGCUUUACCAGCAGGCAAACCAGCAAGCACCGCUGCCAAUAACCUCUAUGAAGAGCUUGGCGACAGCACCAUGCGAGGAUAUGCACAGCAAGAGCAACAGCAGUUGCUGAGACCUUCUCUUCUCAGACCAGAGGAGUUAAGUAUGGAGUCUGGAAUUGAUCCAGGGCAGGAAUACUAUGGGCAAGAUUACUACAGUUAUGAGCAUGGGUACGAACUGCCUCAGUAUGGGAGCCGCCGCCGAUUGCUGUCUCCUUCGGGGAUGUAUGAUGAGUACGGGGAAGUCGUGGUGGAGAACGAUGGUGGCUACUACUAUAGCCCGCAUGGAUCGACUGCGGAAGAGGGGAUGAGUCAAGGCAGAGGUCCUUCGAGCAGAGGUAUAAGCCAGAGAGCAGGGGCUCAAAUAGAAGGUAGACCUGUAGAUGGUGGGAUGGAUCUAAGACAUGGUUCUGGCAGAGCGUAUAGGCCCAGCCAGGGAAAAAGGAAACUAAAAGCAGUGAUGCAUUUAAGUCGUGUAGCAGUCAGUGUUCACAAACCGGUAGGAAGAACUGAGUCUGCUCGUUCCCCAUGGAAGAAAGCAAAGAUAUUCCCGAUGAUUCUGCAGAAAGUAAAAGGCGGUAGGAAAGAUUCCAGUUAUGCCAAGUUGAUGUCAGCUCGCCAAGUGGACAGUGAGAAAAGCAUGAUUAUCAGGGGAAGCUACUUCCAGAAACUGACAGAUGACAGACCUUCCAUGAGAAAACUAAAUCAUGUGUUGAAACGCAUUAGUGUCUCCAGAAAAUUUCAAGAGCCUAUUCGCAAAGAUUCAGUGCAUGCAAGAGGAAAAGGAGAGGAAGAAUAUGAAAGAGAUGAAGCAAAAUCAGGCGUUUCAAUAAAUAUCACAGCAGAGAGUGAACAUGAGGAUAGUGAUUAUGAGAAGAAGAAAAGGAGGAGAAGAAAAUACACCUCAGAUGAGUCAUCCAUGAAGAGUAGUAGCUCUGGUUCAGAGUCAGAAGAUAAAGACUACUUGAAAGUAACUCUGGACCAGGAUGAAGCCACUGAAAGUACUGUGGACUCGGAUGAAGAGACGGGGCAUGAUUUGGGGGAUUCUGAUGACGACUCUGGAUCUAGCUCUAGCAGCGAAUCAGAGGAGGACUCAUCUGAAGAGGACGAUGAUGAGGAAGACUCUGACAGUGAUGAAGAUGGUAGCCUGUCAAAGAGCUCAUCUACGCGAAGUUCGUACAGCAAAUCAGGGACUAGUGAGUCCAGCAGUAGAAGAAGCACUGAAAGGUCCAGUGUAAAAAGUAGGGGAGGUAGCUCUCGUGGCAGAGCAAGGCGAUCCAGCCAGAAAUCAACUAUUAGCUCUAAUGCAUCAGGUAGUGACAGGGACACGAGCUACCGGAAAACUUCAGGAUCCAGCUAUAGGAGCAAAACCUCCUCCGCCAGCCUUGAAAUAGAAGACACGAUAGAAGAGGUGUCAGAAGAAGAUGAACAAGGGGAUGUGGAGCAAGUCAGCGCAAGCCUCAAUGAGACGGCAGAUAACGCAAAUACGGCAGUGUCUGAAACGUCUGCCAGUGCAAAAACUGCUGCUACUGAAGAAGACAAGAGAGGAGAAUCAGCUACUAAUGGUGAGGAUAGCACGGAUGAAGGCACAGAAGAGGUUGAUACAGAUGCUAGUGACAGGGAGGAUACUAUCAGUAAGAAUGAAUCUUCUUGCCUAGAAAGUCAAAUCAGUGUUACUUCCAAAGGUACUGAAGGGACAAAAAGCACAACUAGUGCCACUUCUGGUAAAACCGCAACUUCCCCUGAUACUGAGAAUCAAAGUUCAGACACCAACUGGGCCCGGAAGAAAAGGAUCAAGCUGAUAGUCGACCCAGAGUAUGAGACCAGCUCCACUGGAGAAGACAGCGCUCCUGAUUCCAGCCAGAGGAAUCGUCUUAAUAACCCGAAUAUUCAAAACAACAUCAACGGUAACAUCUACAUUGCACAGAAUGGCUCUGUUGUCAGAACCCGUCGUGUUUGCCUUGGUAAUAAUUUAAAAGUCACAUCUCCAGUGAGGCUGGGGAAACAAUUCAAGAAACUGGACAAGCUUGCAGUGACACAUGAGGAGAAUGUCCCACUGAACACGUUGUCAAAGGGACCAUCUUCUAGUGAUAAAAUGAACACAAGACCUUGCAGCGUCUCGUUUGCUUCCUCUACUAUAGGGGCCGAAAAUGUAGUAACAAAGCAGGGGGGCUCCAAAAUGAAAAGCACAGAAGAGCAAGAAUCGGUUGUUGAUAACGAGGAUGUCAAAGAGCCCUUGGAGUCGCACAGUGAACACACACAGUCAGAUGAAGAGGAGCUCUGGAUGGGCCCUUGGAACAACCUUCACAUACCAAUGACAAAACUGUGAUUUUUUUUUUUUAUUAUUAUUAUUUUAAUUUUUACUUCAGUUUAUAAUAAACUGCGCUUUUUAUUGUCACUGAGGAAAAUGUAUGAAAUUUGUAUCGUGCACAUACGUUGUAUACUACAAACGACACGCUUUAAAGUUUAAAAACAAAAUUUGCACUCACAUUUGUACCAAUUAAUUGUCCUCCCCAACAACUAUUUUGACAGGCUCCCAUUUCACUAAACAAUACUUCGUUUAAAUUAAUUAGUUUUUUUGGAUCUUGAUUUAUUGUUUAAUAAACAGUAAACUACUAAUAAAUGCACAGCAACAUUUGGUUAACUUUUGAGACAGUUCUAUACAUGCCUAGCUUGUUUUUCUGUAUGGUAUUUGUGGCUAUACUGUUUAGAUUUGGAAAUUGUCUAUUUAUGUUCAAGAUUUAUAUCCAGAGCUCUUGAUUCUGAACUCAGAGUAAUAAAUUAAAAAUAAAUCCAUG